CAGCACCACCACCACCACCUACAUCCCGAUCCUCGUCGCGAUCCUGAUCGCGGCCACUGUCGGGCUGUGCCUUAUCAUCAAGGAGAUGCAACUCGGCAAACUAAGUCCGGCAGAGAACGGACGUGGGAUUAACUUGCCAGAUAUGCCCUCAACCAGACCUCCUGUCGGGGUAAUACAAGCGGGUAAUGGAGUGUUCCCGCUCGAUGGGCAACAAAACGACGGACAUAAGCACCCGAUUAUCGACACGGUGCAAACCGUAACCACGUAUGCUGGAAAUUUUCUGCUUGAGCCGGCCAGGGAAUACAUAAAUGAUGGUUUGGUUCAGGUGAGAUACUUUAAGGACUUUUCCCAGCCCUACAGGAAGUCUACGCCGAUCGCCUUUGCCGAUCUCCUUCAGCCGCUGCCAACAACACGCUUCCAAACAAGCUAA